GGUGCCAGACUGUGCCUUUAAGCCGCUCUGCUCACUGCUUCCGGUCUUCUCUGGCAUCGCGCGCCGGAGCUUUAAAUACCUUCUAUUCGCCUGCCCGUCCGUCGCCACAACCAUACUCCUCUACCUUUCAAUAGCUAGUUCUCUCUAUCUCUCCCUCUCCUCCUAAUAUCAAUUUCGAUCUUCUCUACAAUCUGCUCAGGCGGCUCUGCCCUGCCCUCCUGGUUAGUCUAGAUCAGGCUCACUCUCUCAACAUGGCGACUCAGGCCUCUUUCGGCCAGCCUGUUGUUCCUGGCGAGGCCGUCGUGUCCAACGAAGCGGUUAUGCCUGGUGCCGUUAGCGCGGCUCCUUCUCACUUCACCGUCUCUAAUUCCUACAUGGCGACCGACAUCCUUUCCAUGUCUUACCCAGCCGGGAACGAUCAGACUCUCUUCGGUUUCAGCCCAGUUUCUCCUUCGCUACCGAGCUGGUCGGCGAAACAUGACCCGCAGGUUUUCACCAAUCCGGGUUUUGAGCGAGGCCUGAAGAACUCGCAUGUCCGCAACGGUCAACCCACGCCCCCUCCAUAUGACGACAAGAAACUCAAUUCGGUCGACCAAUUCUAUUCCUUGUCUCAUCUCCAGUCGUACGACGGGGCUGCUGUCUAUUCCAACCCAACUCCCCGUGCAAGCUUCAGUCAAUCGGCUGCUUCGGACGUGCGUCAACCAGCGCCCAGGCGUCGCAAGACUAAUGGCACACACAACUCGUCUUCCCCCGAUGCCGAUGACAAGCUGAGCGAGAAAGCGAAGCGUGAGAAAUUCCUGGAGCGCAAUCGGCUGGCAGCGAGCAAGUGUCGCCAGAAGAAGAAGAGGCAGACGGAGGAUCUCCGCGAGCUAUUCAAGAGUCUCUCCAACAGGAAGGAUUUCCUGACCCGUCAAAUUGACGCCCUACGCAGCGAGAUCCUCAUGUUCAAAAAUUACUUACUCGAGCAUGCCCAGUGCAAUGAUGAGGCUAUUCAAUUGCACCUCAGCACCAUGGUGAAGAACAUUACCCAGCAGGACUCACUCGGGGCGUCCGAUUUGAAAACGGACCUGAAUGCUCUGACCCCGUCGAGCUCGAGUAGGACGACCCGCUCGCAGGACCUCUCCUUUGGCUUUGAUAGCCCCAUUCAGAUUCCCUCAAAGAUGGGCUCCCUAGAACCCACUCCUCGCCGAGACUCAGAGCAGACCCUCGCGAGUGACGCGUCCUUCUCCUUCUCGACUCCCAACAAUGACGGUUUCGAGGAUUUGCUCGAUGUCUAGAACCAUCUUCUAUAUCCAUCAUUCUCUAUACAUUGUUCAACACCAUCUCAGGGCUCAAUGGCGGCUGGUGUCGUCUUAUUCUGUGUUUUAUCAUGAGCCCUCGAUGGCUGACAUGA